AUGACAAUGUUUAAUGAAUCACAAACCAUAUUUUCAUCUCUAUUGGCAUCUAGUUUGUUGGUUGGUAUGCCAAGUGCACUGAUUGGUGCUCAAGAGAAAGAUGUCACCCAAAGACAAUCUUCCACCCAUCAUUUCGUCGUACAUUGUACAGUGUCUCUACUCUAUCACAAGUUAUUGGGACAAAAUCAUUCCUCAGGCCAAUUGAUCGAGUUUCUCAAGAUGGGCGACCGUUCGUCCAAAGAGCUCGCCAACCUCACAAAAACCAACGAGCGGAACCUGAGCAGGCUCCUCUACCGCCUGACCAACGAAGGCUACCUGAUAUACAACGAAAAGGAUGGACGUUACUCGAUCAACAAACAGACACUGACACUCUUUGAACAACGACAUUUUAUGGGGAUGACCUAUGAACGUCCAUACCAAAAUAUUAAUCAUCAGCAGCAGCAACAGCAGCAACAACAACAACCACAACGCAAUAAUAUAAUAACAUCACCGAUGGGUAGCGGUGUUGGACAAGGAGCAGAUUGUAAUAAUUUGGCAGUUAGAGAUGGAGCAGAUAUUAUCAACCCGUCAUCACCCAAUCUUGUUGGACAAUCACCAUUUCAGCAACAACAACCAGCACCAUCAGUUUUAAAUGGGACAUGGUCAGAUGAACGCGAUGUCUAUCUCAAACGACUAUUUGAAGCGGCAAUGAAACAAAAGAACGAACUCAACAAGCUGCAUCAAGAUAUUGCCAACUGCUUUAAUUUUUCUCGAUUUAAACAUCUCUGCGACCUCGGUGGUGGUUUUGGGUAUCUCGGUUUCCAGAUUCUUCGACGUCACCCGCAGUGUGAAAUCAUCGUCCUCGAAACAGAAGAAGCCGUCAAACACGGCAUGGAAAUCUCUUCAAACGACCCACAGAAAAAGAUUCUUCUCGAUGACAACAAAAUCAACUUUAAGAUUGGCGAUAUUUUCCAACCAAGAACCGUUCCCAUUGUCAGUGGUUACAUUUUAAUGCAAAUAUUAUGUAUAUGGAAUGACGACGAUUGUCGACGUAUCUUGUCGUCAGUGGCAACAAUCAUGAGGAAAGAAAAGAAUCAAUCUGGAUCAUCUCCAUCUUUGAUCAUUAUCGAUUAUAUUUCCCAAGAUCAAAAUAAUUUAGAUUUCAACAACAAUAAUAAUAAUAAUAGUAGUAAUAAUAAUAAUAGAAACAACUCGAGUAAUAAUAGUAAUGAAUGUAAAAAAAAUGGUCAAAAUGCAGGUAGUGCAAAUGAAAAUAGUAAUGGUUUAUCUUCUUGUCAACAACAGCAGCAACAACAGGUAAUAAACAAAACAACAUCUAUGGAUAUAGUUAUGAUUGGAAUAGUUGGAUGUGAUCAAAGAAAUCAGGCGCAAUGGGAUACACUAUUUAGAGAAAGUGGAUUAUCCAUUCAACAAUGUAACAAGGUUCCACAUCAAAUCACUGAAUAUUCAUCUUCAACCACCGAGAAUCUUUUUUUAAUGGAAUUGGUUCAUGCGUGCACCCUGUGGUCCAAAGGCGUUGGUACAGACCGACAGCGUGCGCAAGCCGCGGUUGCCGCAGAUGGCCUCGCAAAAGAAGAUGGCGCCCUGCGCACCCAUCUGCGGGUUGAUCGAAAUGUCAAAGUGUGUAAGGGUGGUGUUUUGGCGGAUGGCCUGUCCGAUGGCCUGCGCACCCGUUGCACCAAUAUUGUUAAAGGCAAGCGACAAAAAGGUGAGCUUCUUGUUGGAGGCCAGGAUCUCGGCAAUGUUGGCCGUGCCCUUGUCGCCAAUGUCGUUGCCGCACAGGUCGAGGUACGUCAACGACGGGCUGUGCUGCACCGCGAGCGUCACGGCCUUCAUUCCCUUGUAUCCAAACUCGUUUCGCGACAAGUCGAGCGACUGCACGCUCGUGCUCAGCUGGAUGCCCUCGGCAAUAUGCUUGACGCCGUCGUUGGACAGCUUGGUGUCGCAAAAGUUGAGUGUUGCCAGCUGCGGAUGCUUCUUGAUCGCCUCGCUGAUGAUCUUGCAGUUCUUGUCGCCCAGGUCGUUCUUGGAGUAGUCGACGUCGGUCAAUCCGACGUUCUUGGCAAUCGCCUCGCUGAUGAGAUCGAUGCCCUUGACGCCAAACCUGUUUUUCGACAGGCUCAGCAUCUUGAGCGUCUUGUUGGCCUGGAUUGCUUGUGCCAGCGCCUUGCUGCCCUUGAGUCCGAUGCAGUUUUGCGACAGGUCCAAGCUCGUCAGUGA